AUGAGCUUCUUCUCAGCCCAUAAAGACCGUAUCGUUGUUUUAGGCUCGGGAUGGGCUGGAUAUGCCCUUGCAAAGAAAAUAUCCCCUUCAGCAGCAUCCUGUGUUCUCAUCUCUCCUCGCUCUCACUUCGUCUUCACUCCUCUCAUCGCCUCAACAGCCGUUGGUACUCUCGAGUUUCGUGCCGCUGUUGAGCCCUGUCGAAAACUUACCCACACAGAGUUCCAUCAAGCCUGGGCAUCAGAUAUUGACUUUGCCAACAAGAGCAUCACCGUCGAGGCCAAUAAUCGUGAUGGAGUCACAGCUCGCUCGGGUAAGGAUCUCAAGGGUCCCGAGUUCCAGAUUCCCUACGACAAGCUCGUUGUGGCCGUUGGUUGCUACAGCCAAACCUUUGGUGUCGAAGGUGUGAAGGAGCAUGCAUGCUUUCUUCGAGAUGCCACUGAUGCUCGAACCGUGCGCUUAAGAGUUUUGCAAAAGUUUGAACAGGCUGCUUUGCCUAGCACAAACACUGCUGAGAGAAAACGGCUGCUUCACUUUGCAGUUGUAGGUGGUGGUCCGACCGGUAUCGAGUUUGCGGCUGAGCUUCAUGAUCUUAUACAUGAGGAUCUGUCCAAGCUAUAUCCAGAUUUGAUGCCUCACGUCGCCAUUACAAUUUAUGAUAUCGCACCAAAGGUUCUUCCCAUGUUUGAUCAGAACCUAGCCGCAUACGCAACAAACAUCUUCAAGCGAGAAGGCAUCCACAUCAAGACAGAGCAUCACCUGCAAGGCAUUCGUCGCCAAGGCGAUGUCCUCCUCAUGCGUAUAAAGGAGGAGCCCGAGGAAGUCGCAGCAGGUGUUGUAGUCUGGAGUACAGGGCUCAUGCAGAAUCCACUCGUUGGAAAGACAGUCGGCCGUGAAGUGGAGGGUUUGGGCAAGAUUGCAAAAAACGACAAAACAGGUGGUUUUGCGGUUGAUUCCCAUCUUCGCGUGCAAGUGGAAAGCCGAGAUCCCAAUGGUAAAGAGAUCACAAAGUCAUUGCCUGACGUUUACGCCAUUGGAGAUUGUGCAAACAUUGAAGGCCUGGCACUUCCUGCAACAGCCCAAGUGGCGAGUCAACAAGCAACAUAUCUCGGCAAACGAUUCAAUUCUGGGGUAUCAUCUCAAGGCCCUCCUACUGCGCCUUUCCACUUCCGUAACUGGGGAACUAUGGCAUACCUUGGAGGUUGGAGGGCAAUUCAUCAGAAUGGCGCUGACGAGCUCAAAGGUCGAGCCGCGUGGAUUCUUUGGCGCACGGCGUACUUGACCAAAAGUAUGAGUUUUAAGAAUAAACUCAUGAUUCCUUAUUAUUGGUUAAUCACUUGGAUCUUUGGACGAGAUAUUUCGAGGUUUUGA